CCCUUGUUCAACUUGCCAAUCUACCGACAUCUCGGAGUAUCGAAUACUGACGUUCAAUCGCUCCAGCCACCCGCAACACCACACUUUACCUCUAAUCUCACCCUAAUCAGUCAACAUGGAAGAGGAAGUCGCUGCCCUCGUUAUCGACAAUGGUUCGGGUAUGUGCAAGGCCGGUUUCGCCGGUGAUGAUGCGCCCCGAGCAGUCUUCCCCUCCAUCGUCGGCCGACCGCGCCAUCAUGGUAUCAUGAUUGGUAUGGGCCAGAAGGACUCCUAUGUGGGUGAUGAGGCACAGUCGAAGCGUGGUAUCCUGACUCUGCGAUACCCCAUUGAGCACGGUGUCGUUACCAACUGGGACGAUAUGGAGAAGAUCUGGCAUCACACCUUCUACAACGAGCUGCGUGUUGCCCCCGAGGAGCACCCCGUUUUGCUCACCGAGGCCCCCAUCAAUCCCAAGUCCAACCGUGAGAAGAUGACACAGAUCGUUUUCGAGACCUUCAACGCCCCUGCCUUCUACGUCUCUAUCCAGGCCGUUCUCUCUCUGUACGCUUCCGGUCGUACUACCGGUAUCGUGCUCGACUCCGGUGACGGUGUCACUCACGUUGUCCCCAUCUACGAGGGUUUCGCGCUUCCCCACGCCAUUUCCCGUGUCGACAUGGCUGGUCGUGAUCUGACUGAUUACCUCAUGAAGAUCUUGGCUGAGCGCGGUUACACCUUUUCCACCACUGCCGAGCGCGAAAUCGUCCGUGACAUCAAGGAGAAGCUCUGCUACGUCGCCCUUGACUUCGAGCAGGAGAUCCAGACUGCCAGCCAGUCCUCCAGCUUGGAGAAGUCCUACGAGCUUCCUGACGGUCAGGUCAUCACCAUUGGCAACGAGCGUUUCCGUGCUCCGGAGGCUCUCUUCCAGCCUUCCGUGCUGGGUCUUGAGAGCGGUGGCAUUCACGUCACCACUUUCAACUCCAUCAUGAAGUGCGAUGUUGAUGUCAGGAAAGACCUCUACGGCAAUAUUGUUAUGUCUGGUGGUACUACCAUGUACCCUGGUAUCUCCGACCGUAUGCAGAAGGAAAUCACCGCCCUCGCCCCAUCCUCGAUGAAGGUCAAGAUCAUCGCUCCUCCCGAGCGCAAGUACUCCGUCUGGAUCGGUGGUUCCAUUUUGGCCUCGCUCUCCACCUUCCAGCAGAUGUGGAUCUCAAAGCAGGAGUACGACGAGAGUGGUCCUUCCAUCGUCCACCGCAAGUGCUUCUAAGCGUAUCCCUACGUGCGGUUGUCGACUUCAUGGCAAGCCUAGUAGCGGAAGCAUCAUUUUAUUGGCGAUCUGUUACCCCGGGA